AUGAUCAAUUUCACAGGAAAUACAAAGAAAAGGGUAGUUAAUUUGGGAAAUAAAAAAUCAAAUGAUACCACCAAUUAUUUGGAAAAAACCCGAUUGCAAAGGCAACAGCGUGAAGAACAACGGCAACGAGAAAGAUCAAGUUUAGUCUUACAAUCUUACAUUAGAAGAUACAUCGAUUUAUCAAGCCAAAAUGAAAUAUUGAGACAAGAGUGGGCUGAUGAAAUGGGCCAUUGGAAGAGUGAAGAAGAUUGGUGUAAGUGGAUUAGUAAAUUUCUGUUCUUGUGUAGAUGGGGGACAUCAAGACAUAAUUUGGAUAUUACGUGCCACCAAUUAGCAUUAUUUUAUGAAGGACUCAACAAUAACUGUUUAAGUUCGAAGUAUGAAAUCAGUUCAUCUUUAUAUGAUCUGUUGACAAAGAAUUUGAUAAAUGUGAUAAGCGCUCUCAGUAGUUCACAGAAAUCUAUUGGUUGUAUAAGUGUUAUAUGUGAUUGCAUCACCUUAUUAAUAUCUAAGUAUAAUAAAGGUGCUCAUAGGUAUCCGAAUUUGAUACUUUACUUGUCGAAAAGCAUACUGAGGAAAGUUAUACCCGAUGAAACCGUGAACAAAAUAAUACUGCUAAUCUUUGAUAUAAAUGUUAGCGACUCUUCCAAGAAUUUUAUUGAAUUCUUAUCGAUCCCAAACAUCUUCAAUUCAAUUGGCAUUGAAGGAAAUCAUCAUUUACUAGAAAUAAUACGAAGACAAGUGCCUCUGGAUAACUCGACAAGUUUAUUACAUUCGCUAGGCGGCUUGCAGAAAAUCAACUUACUUGUUAACGUAUUGAGAAUACACGGAGAUCGCCAAUUUAUUGCUUCAGAUUAUCUAGUUGUUGGCUUAAUAUUAUCCACUAUUUCGUUUUCAAUUAAAGAUAGAACCAAUCUUGAUGAGGAUGGGUUUGAAGAAGAUGAAUUUGAAAGGACCGAUAUUGAUGACGGUUCAGACAUCCCUAGAUCUUCUGAAGCAUUAAUAUUAGUAAGUAAUGGAGUUAUAGAACAGUUACAAGUACUAUACUCAGCAAGGUUUAUUAAACAGGCAAUAAAAUACUUCACAGAUGCUGACGAACUUUCACAGCUAGCGCUCCAUAUUUUUGCCACAUUAACAUAUUUAAUUCCAGUUUCUAAAAGUAAACUCUGUAUAUUAAUUACAAUUACACCAGGUUCAUAUAAAUGGUUUUAUAACCAGUUAAGGAAGGAUCCCAUCUAUAAGUUUAUUGAACAAAAAAACAUGGAGAAUUAUGAUUAUUUACGUUCUGAUGACUUAAUUCAGCUUUAUUCGAAAAUCCCCGAAAAUUUAGUGUCAAUCUUUUGGAAAACUUUGUAUACAUUUGAAGAACUAUAUUCCUAUUGGUUAAUAGUUUCAAAUGAUUUGGAAAGUUUCUCUGAAGAUAAACUAAGCUUGCAAGAAGCUUCAAAGUUUUUGAAAUUCUUGAAGAAUGUUUGCUUGACUUUGAUUUUUAAUAAUAAUAACACUAGUUUAUUCAAUGAGUUUGGCAAACUUAAGGAUAUUUCGAUCUCUCUACUUAAUCAAUUGUAUACCAAAAAUUCAAGGCUAAUGUUUCUACCAGACAAAUUUUGGAAGCCAAAUGAGUUGAAUUUUAACAUUGAUAAUAUGUUGCAGCUAAUUAUCGAUGAAGAAGAAAGAAGGAACGAAAUGGAAGUUGAAGCCCUGGACAACGAUUCAGAUUUAGAACUUAAUGGAGAUGAUUUGUCACAUAAAAACUCAUCCAAAAAGCCAAAAUUUGCAAAGGCAAAUAGUGAUACAUUAGCAAAGUUAGAAGUGCUAAAGAAAUUACCAUAUUUUAUAUCUUUUAGAGAUAGAGUUAAGGUAUUGCAAACUCUUAUUCAAAUAGAUAGAGAGAGAUUAAUGGGUUCGGAUGCCUUUUCAUUUUUCCAACCACCAAAGAGAUUAAAAGCAGAUAUUAGAAGGGAAUCCUUAUUUGAAGAUGCGUUUAAUAAUUUUCAUAAAUGCGGAUCUGAUUUUAAACAUACAUUGAGUGUCACUUUAUUUAACGAACAAGGUGGCCAAGAAGCAGGAAUAGAUGGAGGGGGAAUUACAAAGGAGUUUCUAACAAGUGUUGCAAUGGAAGGAUUUCAACCACAUGGAAAAUUUGAAUUAUUUAAAGAAACAGCUGAGAACCAGUUAUAUCCAAGUGAUGAAAUAUAUAAAAUGUUAAGCAAAAAGAUUGAGGUUAAGGAGCAGCAACAAAAAUUGUUGUAUUUGCGGUUCUUAGGUAAUAUAAUUGGCAAAUGUUUCUAUGAAAACGUGUUAAUUGAUUUGUCCUUUGCGCCAUUUUUUUUAAACAAAUGGUGUAGUUUCAAUAGGGGGCAAAAUUCUAUGAAGAAUUCGAUUAAUGACUUAAACUAUUUAGAUCGAGAAUUAUUCACAAAUUUAAUGAAGUUAACUAGCAUGGAUUCAAACGAGUUGGAACAACUUGAUUUAAAUUUUACUAUUGAUGAAAAGAUAAAUGAUUUCAACUGCACGUUUGAUUUGCUACCACCAAAUGGAGCAGAAAUUAAAGUCGACCAGUCGAAUAGAUUGAACUAUAUUCAUCAAAUCUCGAAUUUUAGAUUAAACCAAUCGUUGCACGUUCAAACAAAAUUCUUUCUUAACGGACUCUUUGAAAUUAUUUCGUCCAGCUGGUUGAGUAUGUUUGAUGCCUCCGAAUUGCAAAUGUUAAUAUCUGGUGGUGAGAACGAUGUGAAUAUACAAGACUGGAAGGAGAAUGUCGAAUAUGGUGGAUACUUUGAUGAUGAUACGACAGUAGUAUAUUUCUGGGAAGUCAUAAGUGAAAUGUCACCAGAAGAGAGAUUCAAGUUAAUCAAAUUUGUGACGUCUGUCUCAAGAGCUCCUUUAUUAGGAUUUGGAUCAUUAAAUCCUAAAUUUGGGAUCAGAAAUGCUGGUAGAAGUAUUGAUAGACUACCUACUGCUUCAACAUGUGUUAAUUUAUUGAAACUACCUGAUUACCAAGAUAAAGAAUUAGUACGAUCAAAGCUAUUAUAUGCUAUUAAUACAGAGGCAAGGUUUGACUUGUCGUAA